AUGUCUUAUUAACAGAAGGGGUUGAAUGCAAUAAGAUUGUCCCAGAUCAAUUAAACCAUUUUAAGAGCUCGAAAGAGUUAAGAAUACCCUCUUGAGUGGACUUAGGAUCAUUAAUCUAGGAAUAAUUCACUCAAAUAGCAUAGAGCUAUCACUCAACAUAAUUCAAUACUCAUAAUGGAAGAGGAGUUUUAAAAAAUGAGAAGACCAUAAACAUCACAAGGAAGUAGAAGGAAAAAAAUGACUGAGCAUCAAAUUCAACAAGGGAUUCAAAACUCUAACACCAAAUAUGAGAUUUUAGAAUGCGAAAAUGAGGAUGAUAAAGAGUAUUUAAUNGAAAAAUUCUAAACAACAAUUUGA